AUGGCCGCUCAGUCAUCCUCCUCUUUUCUGACCCGUUGUGGUGCUGUCAUUAUUGGCCAGCAUCCUAGUCAAUUUGUGUAUGGAUCAGGGACGUGCAGUAGAGCGCCAUCCACCUGCGCCCCUUCCGCCUCCGGUAUUUUUGACUCUGAACGCCUGGCUCAGGUGGGGGAGGAGGGGGAGGAGGGGGAGGGGGAGGAGGAGGAGGAGGAGGAGGAGGAGGAGGAGGAGGAGGAGGAGGAUAGAGUGUGGUAG